GGGGGUGGUUCCUUGAGAGGAGCACCCACCCUGCACUGCAGCCUGCAGCCUGCAGGGGUCAACCGAUCUGCCUGGGCAGCCCCACUGUUUCACCCAGGGUAAAAUCUGGACCGUUCUCCCCUUCGAUCGGGCGGUGUCCCUCGUCUGAGCUCCAGUACAUAGAGCAGAGGACCUCCGCUGCCGCUGUUUACUGCCUACACACGUACACACACACACACACGAGCACACCUUCCAGCACAGUGCCAGCCACCGGAGAGAGAGGGAGCAGCAGCCAUGCGGUGGUGCUACGUGGGGAAGGCGACCAAGAUCUUCUUCGCCGUCGUGGCCGCGCUCGCCGUCGUCGGUCUCAUCGUUGCCGUCGGCGCCGUCGUCCACCGCGCCAAGUCCAGCCGCAACUCCGGCGCCGCCUGCGCCACCGCCGCCGAAGGGUGUCAGCCAGUCCCCCCCGGGACCGCCAGCCAACAGCCGUCCAUGCCUUUCACCGCGGCCACCGCUCCGCCGCCGCCGCCCAAUCCCACCUUUCCUGCCCCAGAAACCCCCUUGCCGCCGCCGCAGCAGCCGCUGGUGCCCCCUCUGCAGCCGCCGCCAGCACCAAUUGCGUCGCCCUCGCCGCCCACAUUUGCGUCCCCGCCGCCCCCGGACGUGCUGGUGCCGCCGCCACCGGCAAUUGCUCCACCGGCGCCGGAAUCUGCGUCACAGCCGCCUCCGGCUGCGUUGGCACCGCCGCCGGCGUUCGCGUCACAGCCGCCUCCGGUCGCGCUGGUGCCGCCACCGCCGGAGUUGCUGCCUGCCCCGCCGCCGGCCCCGGAUGCGCCGAGUCCGACGGCGUCCUGACGGCAUGUCGCCGAUCCUUGACUAUUGAUGACUCGAUCUCAGAGCAGAUUCAGCUUGUAGUGCAGUGAUUCAGGUUCAAGACAUGGGAUUAGUCUGCCGUUUUUGUUUUCAAUUGCCGGAUCGUACAUCGAGGUUUCAUCGAUUCAAGCCGCAUCUUGUUCUUUGUAAUUCUGAUUCUUGUCUACUCUCUGCUGACCUGACACUGACAGUCGUGUGCUCCUCCAUUGAACAUCAUUUCUUGAUGGAAUCAGUGCUCUUAUAUUUGGGUGCCAA